GCGGGCGGAGACGUGAGGAGGGAGUGGAGAAGAGGGAGAGGAGAGGACUGGAGCGGAGCGAGCACGCCGUAGUGCUGUUAUUUUUAAUCCGCUUGCUUUCUGUUUGGAUCCGUGUUGAUGCUGCGGUUCCGGGGAAGCCGCUGGCGCUGCCAGGAGAACAGUCCGGACUGAAACAACAAACAUCUCAGCAUCAGGUUUAAUUGUUGGUGUUUUCCGAUGGCGCAGAUAAAGAGGAUGUGGGAAACACCGCCGAGGCGUUCGGGAGCGACUGAACGGUUUUUGUCCCCAGGUGGAGCAAACCUUACAGCUGUGCUUCUGAACGUGUGGAGUGCUGGACAGAGAAGGGUAAACAAAAGGGCCGCCAUGCUGCCGGGGUCAAAUUGUAACGUGAUUUGAAGGCAACGCAAUGGCUGAGAAUGAGACUAAUCUGAGGACGGCCAGGAUAUGGCGAGACGCAGCAUUACGCUCCAGGAAACUGAGGAGCAACCUGCGCCAGCUCACUCUGAGCACCAAUAACAACCAGAAAAUCAUCUUCCCCGACGACAUCAAGGAGAUCGAAGUCCUCAACCUGGGCAAUAAUUCUCUCCAAGAGCUUCCUGAGGGUCUGGGAUCCACUCUGACCAAGCUUCGCAUCCUCAUCCUGCGCAGGAACAAGUUCACCCAUGUGCCCUCUCCAAUAUUCCAGCUGAGUCACUUGACUGAGCUGGAUCUUAGUCACAACUGCCUCAGCCAUCUCUCGGAGGACAUCGAGCAUUUGAAGAGGCUGAAAAAGCUCGGUGUGAGCCACAACAAGAUCCGGUACCUGCCGUCCCAAAUAGGGACGUUGCAGGCCCUGGAGGAGGUCGACGUGAGCUUCAACGAGCUCCGUGAUUUCCCCAGGUCCUUCACGCAGCUCAAGAAGCUCAGGACGCUGGACGUUGACCAUAACAAGCUCGAAAACUUCCCACCGGAGCUUCUCGCCCUCAGCGAUCUGGAGGAACUCGAUUGCUCAGGGAAUAAACUAGAGGGCCUGCCAGGCAAUAUCACGAUGCUGCAGACUCUCAAAAUUUUGUGGCUCAGCUCCACGCAUAUCUCAUGUUUACCUGAGACCUUCUGCGAUCUGCAGAACCUGGAAAGCUUGAUGCUCGAUAACAAUUCCCUUGCGGCGCUGCCACGGUCGUUCGGAAAAAUGCAAACGCUGAAAAUGCUCAAUCUGUCGUCCAACUCCUUUGAAGAUUUUCCUCAGGUCAUUCUCACAAUCGCUAGUUUGGAGGAGCUGUAUUUGAGCAGAAAUCGGUUGUCUUUCCUCCCACACGAAGUGGGCCGGCUGUCUAAUCUCGCCAAUUUGUGGUUGGACAACAAUAGAAUAACGUUUCUCCCAGACUCCAUAGUGGAGCUGGAAAAACUGGAGGAGCUGGUUUUACAGGGCAACCAAAUUGCCAUCCUGCCAGACAAUUUCGGAAAGCUCGCCAAAGUUAACAUUUGGAAAGUUAAGGACAAUCCUCUCAUACAACCUCCGUAUGAGGUGUGCAUGAAGGGCAUCCCGUAUAUCGCUGCCUAUCAGAAGGAGCUCGCCCACGCCCAGACUGCUGUGAAACCGAGACUCAAACUUGUUUUGAUGGGCCAGACAAAUGCAGGGAAAACUAAGCUCAGGCAGUGCAUUGUAAGCAAACCGUUAGACGCUAAGACGAUAACCGGUGGUAGAGGGAUCGACGUGACGAACUGGGUAGCGGAUGCUCACCGCAGUCUUACCUUCAUCGUGUAUGAUCUAUCAGGGAAGCAGAAUUACGAACUCAUUAAACCGUUUUUCCUCUCGCCAUGCGCUCUGUACGUAGUGGUAGUGAAUUUAAAGUCGUACACGUGUAAGACUUUCUACUCCAGCGUAGGAUAUUUCCUCCACCUGCUCGGCGCUAAGGUGCCCCAUGCAGUGGUGUGUAUAGUGGGAACACACAUUGACCUCUGUGCUGAGGCAGAAUUGGAGGAAAAGUGCUUGGAUAUCCACAGACAGAUCUCUCUGCAGGAGAAGAGAGACACGGAGAGUCUGCGGACACUUGCUAAGCAGGUGGACGAAGCCUUGGAACAGGAUUAUGACGUCAGGUCGUCAAGCCCACAUGUACUUUUUUACGGAGUCUCGGACAGGAACCUGAGACGUAAAAAAGCCCAGCUGCAGUACAUGCUGAACAACCGACUGCAGAUCCUGUCUCCGGUGUUUUGUGUGAGUUGCGUGGAGAUGCGAAAUAUCCAGCGGUUAAAGGAGAAACUCAUGUCCGUCGCCGAUCACCGCGAUAUCUUUCCUAACCUUCACAGAGUGCUGCCGAAAUCGUGGCAGAUGCUGGAGGAGCUCCAUUUCAAGCCGCAGGACCUGUGGCUGUCGUGGUGGGACUCUGCUCGCCUGGGCCUGCAAGCGGGACUGACGGAAGACCGUCUGCAAAGCGCGCUGUCCUACCUACACGAGAGCGGGAAACUGCUGUACUUCGAGGACAGCAAAACACUAAAAGAAUUCGUCUUCCAUAAUCUGCCCCGGUUCAUCGCCGUCUUGAACGUCUUCUUUCAGAAGGACCGUACUGCCAUGCUGGAAAAAUUAAAUUCCGAGAGAGACACUGACAAGAACGUCGCUCCGUCCCAAAUCCAGCACCACGUGGAAAGUUUUCUGCUGCAUGGUCUGCUGCCUUCCAACGUCAUCCGCCAGCUCCUCAAACCUCUUGUGCAGACACAGCAGGACUUGCACCUUAUCAUGGAGCUGCUUGAAAAGAUGGGGGUUUGCUAUUGCAUCAACAAACCUCGGAGCAGACCGCUAAACGGUGCGCCUGUAGUUUACAAGUUCCCAAGUCUGGUCAGCAGUGAGGAGCCCAGCACUGAACCCUGGCACAACGGUGGCUCAUCAGCUCCUGGUCAGUUCUUCUCGGUGGAACACUUGCAGAUCGAGUAUAGCUUUCCGUUUCUCAUUCCUCCUGGACUUUUUGCACGGUUCAGCGUGCAAAUCAACAGCCACGUGGUGCAACGCACCGACGGAAAGGAUUACAUCUUUGCCUACCGGGGUAAAGUGCCUGUGAUGGUGAACUACCGGCCGUCUCGAAACAGACUGCACCCGGAGACUCUUGCCAUUUCUAGUCAUGCAUCUUUGCCAAAUAUCUGGACAGCUUGGCAGGCAAUUACCCCACUUGUAGAGGAGCUGAAUGUUCUUCUGCAGGAAUGGCCUGGUCUCCAUUAUUCUGUACAUAUCCUGUGUUCCAAGUGCCUGAAGCGAGGGUCACCCAACCCACAUUCCUUUCCAGGUGAGUUGCUGAGCCAGCCUCGACCCGAGGGCUUGACCGAGAUCAUUUGUCCUAAGAACGGCUCGGAGCGCGUCAACGUGGCCCUCGUGUACCCUCCCUCUCCCACUCUGAUCAGUCCCAGUCCCAAAUGACACAAACCUCCCUUCCAGCACAGCACAGUGACUGUAAACGCCCUCACACACCCUGCUGCACCUCUGUCUUCCCUUUAACACACACACACACAGAACACUAGAUGGAGCUACAUCUGUGUGUGUGUGUGUGUGUGUGUGUGUCCUGUGUCCUCUCUCCACUUCAUGUGUGCCCAGAAGGCAGCGGUUUGAUCGGAUGAGCCAGUGUGGAUACACACUCUCCGCCAUGUGUACACAUGAAGACAUGAAGAAUCCCACACACUGCAGUCGAUGAGCUCGUGCUGCUGGUUGUCAAAUAAAGAACAGUGUUAGAAACUAUGGAGCUGAGGUCUCAGGUCCCAGGAUGGGACGUCUCUACGAGAAGCUUAUCGUUUAAUCCGCUCGCUUUGCUAAACGGGGAGGAAUCCGAAGGAAAACACGAGGACAGGCUCUGUGCGGAUGUCGUAUACUGGAUGCAGGAAGAAGGUUAUGCGCCUCGGAUGCCGAACGUUGAAAGAAGAGGUCACGGUGUUAUUAAAACGUGGACUGAGUCGAUGGAGGAUUGGGAUAAUCUGUUGUGCAAAUAAAUAAAUAAAUAAAUAAUCAUUGGUCCUGUAGAAAAAGUGGCUGCUGGUAGUGGAGUAGCUCGUGAGAGUUCUUUCACUGCAUGCUAAUGUAGGACGUUUUCAGAUGAAUGAAAUCAGUUUAACAUAUCUGCGUAUCUUUCUUCUGUUCUGAUAUCCAGGUUCAACUGAAACCAGGACCAAAGCAGGACACUAUACCGAACUCCACAGGCUCGGAGUAGAUUUAUUUCUGUAAUGUGAUCGAGUGUACAUUCUCUUCACAAGUGCACUAGGCUUUACAUUUAGACACCGAAACAACUGCCUGAUAAAAUCUACAGACAGCAGAUUCUCUGUAGUACGUUUGUGGCUUUAAAUGUUUACACAGGUCGCUCGCUCGCCAUCACUGACACUGAACAUGAUUUUGGACAGUACCGUAUUUUCUGGAAUAUAAGUUGCUCCAUACUCAAAUUCUGUCUGCUUAGUGUGUGUGUGUGUGGGGGGGGGGGGGGGUUAAUAUACGGCACUGUGCAAAAGUCUCAGGCACUGUAGAGUUCGUUUAGCAUUUACAAAAAAUAUUAGACGUUUAUGUCCUCUGCAUGAAUGUCAGAAGAACAUUUCUGGUUUACGAAAUUCUUUUCGUCACCAUGUUAAAUAAAGCACUUUUCAGAUUAAAUUGAGUGAUAUUGUACGUGUAUAUGCAUCUAUCCAUCCGUUUUCUGUACGGCUUUUCCGACACAGGGUCACAGCGGGCAUGGAGCCUAUCCCUAGGAACUAUGGGGACUCCCUGGACGGAGUGCCAGUCUAUCAUAGGGCACAAUCGCACACACUCACAUGCGCAUUCAGACACUAGAGACAGUUUAGAGAAGCCUACAGUGCAUGUCUUUUUAGACUGGGGAAGGAAACCGGAGUACCCGGAGAAACCCCUGAAGCACGGGAAGAACAUGCAAACUCCAUGCGCACAGGGAGGAGGUGGGACUCGAACCCCCAACCCUGGAAGUGCGAGGCAAACGUGCUCUUUUCUGUACUGUUUUACGACACUUUGUUAUCAUUUUUUUUUUUUUCUCUAUUUAGAAACUUCACAUCGUAAUUUAAAUCGGUUCUCUACACGUGCCUAAGAUUUUUCCACCCUUACUUUGCUGUGAUGUUCAAGUGUCCUUCAUGUACCGGGCAUUUUAUUAGACUUAAUAUUGUGUAGAUGUCGUGUUCAGUUCAACACACGUGCCUAAAAGUGCUUAGCUCUUGGAGAAUUCGGGAAAUCGCUUUGUUCUAGAAGUCCCAGCACGUGAUAUAAGAAGGGGGGAAUAAAAAGCAUCAUAUAGGUCAGAAAAUACGGUAAGAUAAAAUUAUUAUUAUUAUUAUUAUUAUU